GGCAUCGGAGUUUUUUAUUAGAACCCGUCCGAUCCGAACCAUAAACCCAAUCUAUCUCAUAUAUCCUCAACUUCACUUUGCGCGCGAACAGAGGCGAAAAGUAAAACAGCUGAGUGCAACGUUUGCAAAAUGAGUGUCUCAAGGGGCGGCAGCAAAACCGGACAUUUUAACACAACAGACUUAAUAAAGCAUCUGCAGAAGCAUCAUGGAAAGGAGUACGGAGACCUUUUACAUGCGAGUGCAAAGAAAAGUGAACCGCGGCAACCAUCGUUGCAGGAAACACUGCAGAAGAGUGCAAAACUCGCUCCAGAGAGCACCAAGGCCAAAAUGAUAACAGAUAAAAUUGUCGAGUUCAUUUUGCUGGAUGACCAACCACUUUGUGUGGUGGAAAAUGCGGGUUUUCGAGGUUUGGUACAAUAUAGGGAGCCACGCUAUCAGCUAGCAAACCGGCACAGCAUCUCUGACACACUAAUCCCACUGAAGUACAAACAGGUGAGUGAGUUCAUCUCUAAACGUUUGGAAAGUGCAGUCAUGGUUAGUUUAACAACUGACAUUUGGAGUUCAGACGUGUGUCCAGUGUCCCUAAUCAGUCUGACAGCACAGUGGAUAGACUCAAGUUUUACUUAGCAGAAAGCUGUGCUACAAGCUAAGAAGUUUCAUGGCUCACACACAGGAGAGGCUAUCGCUACAGCAACAGAUGAGAUACUGAAUGUAUGGAAAGUUGAGAAGAGCAGAGUCCAUGUAAUCUUGCGGGACAAUGCCAGUAAUAUGAUAAAGGCAAUGGAUCGUCUUGGGGUUGCCAAUGUAGAUGCUUCGCCCACACACUGCAGCUUGUUGUUAAUGAGGGGCUGCUGUCGCAGCAUAAUGUGAGUGACGCGCUAGCUGUUGGAAGAAAAAUUGUGGGUCAUUUCAAACACUCACAACUUGCAUACUCACGCUUGCAAGACAUUCAAGAGGAGUUGAAUAUGCCGCCCAAACGUCUGCAGCAAGACUUACGGACACGGUGGUACAGCUCGUAUUACACGAUCCAGAGCCUCCUUGCAGAGAAACGAGCCCUGUGUGCAUACACAGCAGAGUACGACCUGCCAGCCACACUGACUGCGACCCAGUGGGAUCUACUAGAAAAGACUGUACAAGUUCUAGCCCCUUUUGAGGAGUUGACAAGGGAGGUGAGCUCCUCAUCUCCUUCUGCAUCUGAUGUCAUCCCCAUGGUCCAAGUCCUGAAACGCCUUCUCAGUCGACCAGAGGAGGCAGACGAGGGAAUAAGGACCAUAAAAGGCACCCUCUUGGAGGCUGUGAGAAGACGUUUCACACACCUGGAAACUGAGCCAAUAUACUCAGUUGCAACGCUUCUGGAUCCAAGAUAUAAGCACAGGUACUUCUCAGAUGCAGAAGCCUCAAGACGGGAAAAGGAUGUGCUAUUGGCAGAGGUAAUGAAGAUGAAGGAAGUGAUUAGGAGGACCAGAGCAGGAGCCUCAGAGCCAGCAAAGAAGACAGCACAGGUGGAGGCUGCAAGCAAGAGCAAACUUGGAAACAUUUUUGACGAAAUCAUGGAGGAAAGCACACCUUGUCCUGAGCCAGCCACAACAAGUGCACGUGUUGAAGUGCAGACCUACUUCAGCGAGCCAACUAUUCUGCGUUCAGACAAUCCACUGCUGUAUUGGAAGGUUAACCAACCUAGACUGCCCUCCUUGGCAGUCACAGCUGCUGAAUUUCUUUGUGCACUUUCAACAAGUGUGGAGAGCGAGAGGCUCUUCAGCACAGCCUCCAACAUUAUUGAUGAAAAGAGGAGCAGACUGACAGCUGAGAAGGCUGAAAUGUUAAUCUUUCUGAAGAAACAUCUGCCCCUCAUGUUGCAAGACAAGGCAGUUUAAGUACUUUCAGUUCAAGGUCAGGCAGCUAACAUGUUUUAUUGUUUUCUGUGAACAUAAUGUGAGUAUUGGAAUAGUGUUCAUUCUAAUAUUUAGUUUCAUGAGUGUUUUACAUACAGUACAACAUCAGCAGCUGCAUGCUUGGCUUUUUGUCUCUUUUAUUUCACUUGACUAUCACCUCUAAUGUGAGGAGAAUCUUUUGAACAACUUUAAUCUGCUCAUUCAGUGUUUACAAAAAGAACAUUGUGCUUCUUCUGUAGUUCUGACAAACCCUAGAAUAAUAAACGUUCCUUUUAGGUGG